AUGGAGCCUGUUCAUCAUAUAUCUACUUCGUCGAAGAUUCUCUUCAGCAAGGUGCGCAAAAUCGUGCCGCCGAUGCUAGAGAAGUUCCACAAAGGCCAACUUGGGCGUGUGGCGGUCAUUGGAGGCUGUGUUGACUAUACCGGAGCCCCGUACUUCUCAGCUAUUGCCUCUGCAAAGCUAGGAUGUGAUAUGAGCCAUGUUCUGUGUGAACGCUCGGCGGCACCGGUUGUCAAAAGUUACUCUCCCAAUCUUAUGGUGCAUCCGAUAUUGCCCAGUUCGGAUACAGUCAAGGACCCCAAGUCAAUUGAUGCUCCGGCACUAGCGGGUCCUAUUAUCAGUAUGCUCUCUCGUCUGCAUGCUCUGGUCAUAGGACCGGGACUUGGUCGCGACGGAGUCACGCUCCAAGUGGUUGCAGAAGUAAUCAAAGAGGCCCGAUCACGAUCGAUCCCAUUCGUGCUGGAUGCGGACGGGCUGCUCGUCGUGACGGAGGACCCCAAUAUCAUUAAGGGCUACAAGGACUGUAUUUUGACGCCGAACGUGGUCGAGUUCGGUCGCUUGGCAAAGGCCUUAGGCAUAAAGGUGGCCAGCCAAGCAGAUAUCUCAAAGAACGAGAAUAGUGAUAAAUCCAACCAGCAGACAGAUGCCUGUGAGGAGCUCUCUAGGGCUUUGGGUGGAGUGACGAUCCUCCAAAAAGGACCCCACGAUGUCAUCUCCAACGGGGUCACAAGCCUUAUUUCCAAUAUUGAAGGAGGUCUGAAGCGCAGUGCGGCUUACCACAAUAAGUUGUGGGACUCAGGAGAAAGGGACAAUGAAAAGGAGGCGCAGAGUAAAGAAGAUGUCCAGGCUGAGCUGGAAUCCGAGAACAAGCGUAUGUCCCCGGCAACUACUUUACUUCUGGCUGCUUGGGCAGGAAGUAGUAUCACCCGCGAAUGUUCACGGAAAGCCUUCGAGCUCAGAGGGCGAAGCAUGCAAGCCAGUGACCUGACCGACGAGGUACAUGGCAGCUUCUUGAGACUGAUUGGAGAGCCCAAUGGCUCCAAGACGCAUCUCUAG